UUGACAUCUUGAAUGUCAUAUGGUGAAUUUCAUUCAUAAUUCUGCAUGCCGUCGUGUUUUCUGUCCUCCGGAAUGUUUUAAACUUUCGUGCGAGUUUGUUCUGUUCAACGAGAACUAAAGUUGUCGCUUCCACAACCAAAAAAUGCUCCGAAACGUGUCCAGAAUCUGAUAGCAAUACAACGGAGCCAUGAAGCAAUCGUUCGAAGGCGCCGGAGCCUACCAUCCCGUCGGGGGAGCUUCUUCGUCUGGGAUCGCCCACUGGUUACGACACAUUAAACUCUAUAAGUUAAUUGUUCUGGUUGUUUGUCUGUUCACUGUGUCGAUUUUCGUGCAUUAUAACUUGCUAAAUCCCGACGCUGGGGUACCCGUAAAUGAUGUCCACCGAUCGCGCUCACAAUUGGAUGCUUAUGAGGAUUUCAGUAGCAUGAAGGCCAGCGAUUUGAAACUGCGUAUCGAGGAGAUGAUGAGGAUUAAGAGCACCGUUUCCGUAGAACUGCGUGAACUAGAAUCUCGCCGGCAAAAACUGCAGUCCGAUAUUGGCAUCUAUAAUCAAAAAAUUGAAGACCUAAAACAAGAACUCCUUCGCGAGCAAACUGAACUAGAACGGCUCAAAAUUUCCGUCGAACAGGCACAAGUCGCACAACGUGAAGCCGUUCAACGUAACACUCCGGAACUGGCACUUCCCAAGGCCCUGCAUGCAAAUGCCGUGCUCGAAAAAUAUCCCAGCCUCUCUAAAAAGUACAAAUCAGCAUGUGAAAUGAGUAAUUGCUUCGAUCAUUCAAGAUGCAGCUUGACAUCAGGUUUUCCAGUGUAUCUCUACGAUCCUGACCACUACAAUAUUUUAAAUCAAGGAUACGAUAUUGAUGGGUUCCUGAAAACGACAAUCAAACAAACUUUGGGAUAUAAUGCCCAUUUGGUAAACGACCCAAAGAUAGCAUGCGUUUACCUUGUGCUGGUUGGAGAGGCACUACCCGAACACGAACUUUUGAAGAAUAAUAGAUAUUCAAUCGAUGAAGAUCAAAUUGCGUCAAAUUCGUCGAUUGUCAAUGCAGAAAAAUUGCUGAAACUACCGUACUGGGGAGGGGAUGGCCGAAAUCAUGUUUUAAUAAAUCUUUCAAGGCGUGAUCUGACCUCUGCAUCUACGAAUCUUCUGAGCGAUAUAAAUACUAUGCGUGCCAUAAUUGUACAAUCGUCUUUCAGAAAAUCACAAUUCCGUCCUGGUUACGACAUCGUCGUUCCACCAAUUUUAGGCCCACCUGGUGGCGAUGUGUGGCAAGAGUGUGCUUCGAUGGUGCCAGCCCGGCGUAAAUAUUUGCUAACAUUCCAAGGGGAAUUGAUUCCGGAAAAGACGCCAGCAAGUGAUCCCCCAGACGCUUUAGAUGAAUUCAUCAUAGAACACUUGAGAGACAUUUCUGGCGGUUCCACGCAGGACAAAUUUUUGCUUCAGUUCAAAUGCGUCCCAGCUACAGAGCAUAAGUUCAAUUUAUCCCUGAGAGAUUGGACGUUAUGCGGCACUGAUUCUUCAAGGCGUGCUACACUUAAAGAUUCAACUUUCACUUUAAUUCUACCUCCUGGCGGUAAUCAGGUCACUACUACAUUGAUGCAGUCUAGAAUAUACGAAGCACUACGCUCCGGGAGCAUUCCUGUUAUACUCGGUGCAGAUCAGGUCCAACUUCCGUAUGCGGAUACGAUUGAAUGGAGAAAAUUGGCUAUUCUCCUACCUAAAGCAAGGAUUACAGAACUGCAUUUCUUGCUGCGUGCAGUCUCGGAUGCUGAUCUGUUGUUAAUGCGAAGACAAGGUCGUUUGAUAUGGGAACGAUUUUUGAGUUCGGUACAAGCAACUGUUGAUACAGUUGUGGCAAGUCUUCGUGAUCGAUUGGGUAUUCCACCCAGGCCUAUACCACCUGUUGUGGCUCAAAGCGUCUUUAAUUCAUCUUUCGUUCCACUCAAAUCAGAUCCACCAGUGAUAGACGCUGAACCAGAAGAAUCUCUAGGUCCAAUCGAGCCACCGUACGCAAGUCCGCAAUUCAGAAGGAAUUACACGGUGCUACGCUUACAGUCAAAAGAGGCUUGGAACGAUUGGGGCGAUCCAUUUUAUUUAUACCCUCAUCUCCCGUUCGACCCAGUUCUACCAUCGGAAGCGAAAUUCGUUGGAUCGCAUAUGGGCUUUCGACCAAUCGGACGAGGAGCUGGUGGUGCAGGAAAAGAAUUCAGCGAAGCACUGGGAGGGAAUUACCCCCGGGAACAGUUUACAAUAGUGAUUUUAACUUAUGAACGGGAGCAAGUGCUAAUGGAUUCACUGGGAAGAUUAUACGGCCUACCGUAUCUGCACAAAGUUGUAGUAGUUUGGAAUUCACCGAAACCACCUCUUGAUGAUCUCCGUUGGCCCGAUAUUGGGGUUCCGAUCGCUGUUGUUCGAGGGCCAAGAAACUCUCUAAAUAAUCGGUUCUUACCGUUUGACGUAAUCGAAACGGAAGCCAUUCUUUCCGUUGACGAUGAUGCCCAUUUACGACAUGACGAAAUACUUUUCGGUUUCAGAGUUUGGCGUGAACAUCGCGACCGAGUUGUAGGUUUUCCAGGCAGAUUUCACGCCUGGGAUUUAAAUUCAAAUCAAGCAUGGAAUUAUAAUUCAAACUACAGCUGUGAACUGAGCAUGGUUUUAACGGGUGCCGCGUUCGUUCACAAAUACUAUACAUAUCUUUACACUUAUUGGCUGCCACAAGCGAUUCGUGAUAAAGUCGAUGAAUAUAUGAACUGUGAGGAUAUUGCCAUGAACUUUUUAGUUUCACACAUAACUCGAAAACCGCCGGUGAAAGUCACAUCCCGGUGGACUUUCCGAUGUCCUGGAUGUCCGGUUUCACUUAGUGAGGAUGACACACAUUUCCAGGAGCGGCAUAAAUGUAUCAAUUUCUUCUCACAGAUAUUUGGCUAUACGCCGCUGCUGAACACGCAAUAUCGAGCUGAUUCAAUACUCUUUAAAACUAGGAUACCGCAUGAUAAGCAAAAGUGUUUCAAAUAUAUCUAACUUUUAACGUAGGAAAUUGCGUAUAUUGAUAACCGUAUACAAUAUUUGUAUAUUUUUUAAUUAUAUAAUUUUUUAUCUUGUGUUUUUUAGCUGCUUUAUGUAAAAAGUUGUUUGAAUAUAUUGAAAUUUAAGCUAAAACGUAAUAAAACAGGA